UCUCUCUCUCUCUCCCCGGCUCCUGCACGAGUGAAGAGCAUGAGCGUGUUUCUCCAGAUCUCCGCGCACACGAUCUCUCCAAGAGCAAGAAAUAAAGCGCACGGGAGAUCCGCGUUGAAGCGCAGGGAAUAACACUUCAUAUAUCCGUCUGGACUCAGUGCUUUGUUCUCAGUGUGAAGGUUAAAGGUGUCCGGGAAUGAUGUUCACGCUUGGCUUUGGAUUAUUCUGCGUCUUUCUCAUCGUCUUUGUCCAGGAGCCCGACGGCGCUCGUGCCAACAAAACCCCGCAAGCAGAUGUGGACGAGUGCGCAGAGGCCUUGGACAGUUGCAGUAUUGAUGCCAUCUGUCAGAACACCCUGAGGUCGUACAAAUGCAUCUGCAAAUCAGGAUACAAGGGUGACGGGAAACACUGUGAAGAUAUCGACGAGUGUGCCAGUGAAUAUAAUGGAGGCUGCGUUCACGAAUGCAUCAACAUCCCUGGAAACUACAGAUGCACGUGUUAUGAUGGCUUCCGCUUGGCCCACGACGGACACAACUGCUUGGAUGUCGAUGAGUGUGCGGAGGGGAAUGGCGGCUGCCAGCAGAUCUGCGUGAACAUGAUGGGAAGUUACGAAUGCCGGUGCAGAGACGGAUUUCUCCUGUCCGACAACCAGCACACCUGCAUCCAGAGACCUAAAGUGCGUUUUAAUGGAACGAAAGUUGUGCCCACCUGCAUGGAUAAAAAUCACGGCUGUGCUCACAUCUGCCGAGAAACUCCCAAGGGAAGCAUCUUCUGCGAAUGCCGGCCGGGAUUUCAGCUCACCAAAGACAACAACUGUAAAUUGACGUGUAACUAUGGUAACGGAGGCUGUCAGCACAUCUGUGAGGAGAUGGACCACGGGCCCAGAUGUUCGUGCCAUAUGAAGUUUGCUCUACACACCGAUGGGAAGACCUGUGUAGAGGAAAGGAGUGUCCAACCGCAGCCCCUGCAGCCACAGCUGUUACCCAAUGAGACGUGUGCGGUGAAUAACGGCGGCUGUGACAGCACGUGUCAUGAUGCUGUUACUGGAGUCAGAUGCAGCUGCCCUGUGGGCUUCACCCUACAGCCAGACCGCAAGACUUGCAAAGACAUUGAUGAAUGCCGUAUGAACAAUGGGGGAUGCGACCAUGUGUGCAGAAACACAGUGGGCAGCUUCGAGUGCAGCUGCAAGAAAGGAUACAAACUUCUGACCAAUGAGAGGACAUGUCAAGAUAUAGACGAGUGCUCGUUCGACCGGGCGUGUGACCACACCUGCGUGAACUCACCUGGAAGUUUCCAGUGCUACUGUCACAAAGGUUACGUCCUCUAUGGUGUGGCUCAUUGUGGAGAUAUCGAUGAAUGCAGCAUCAAUCGAGGUGGCUGUAAGUUCGGGUGUUCGAACACAUUGGGCAGUUAUGAGUGUACCUGUCCUCCAGGAUACAAACUGCACUGGAAUAAGAAGGAUUGUGUCGAGACUGUGAAGUGUGCGUCCAGUUUGCUGUCCUCUAAAGCCACACUCACCUGCAGUAAAACUGGGAAAAAAGAGAGCUGUUCUCUCACCUGUGCGUCUAAAGCACAUUACCUGGCAGAAUCCGAUAACAGUUAUUCCGUAAGUUGUGGGAUGCCCAUCCUGCGAGGUAAAGCUCAGAGUCGAUCAAACACAAGCAACAUUCAGAGCUGUAUAGAGACUCAGGCUCCUCCUGUGAAACAGACGGCGUCCUUCCGGAUCAAGAACGCCAAAUGUCACCUACACCCAAAGCACAAGGGGAGAGCCGAGGACAACGGCAGACAGAUCGGGCCAGGCGGACAGCCGUGCAACAACUGCCUGGUCACGUUUGUUAACCUAAAGUGUGACUCUUCCAAGAAAGCCAAAGGUCGGCGGGCACGUAACCCGCCGAGCAAAGAGGUCACGCGAAUCACUCUGGAGCUGGAAGCCGAGGUCAAGCCGGGAGACGCCACGGGGAACUGUAAUGUGAUGUGUCAAAGGCAGCGUAUGGAGCAGCAGAUGAAGUCAUACAUCAAAGCCCUGAAGAAGUCCAUUAACCAGGAGCGAUUCCUCAUCCGGGUGGCUGGAUUAGAGUAUGAAGUGGCACAGAAGCUCCCUCAGCCCGCACCAAAACAGGAAAACUGUGGACCGGGUCGAGAGAAAGACAGUGGUCGCUGUGUCAGAUGUUUGCCCGGCUCGUAUUACCACGGUGAACAGGAGCGCUGUGUUCAGUGCCCACCUGGAACGUUUCAGGAACGUGAAGGUCAGCUGGCAUGUGACCUUUGCCCUGGAGGAGACCGCCAUGGUCCAGCAGGUGCUCGCAACAUCACGUCAUGUGCAGGUCAGUGUCCUCCAGGUUAUUUCUCCAGUGAUGGCUUUAAACCGUGCCAAUUGUGUCCUCUGGGCACAUAUCAACCUGACCCGGGACGAACUCUCUGUUUCCCCUGUGGAGGAGGACUCGGUACCAAAAGAGAUGGCGCAAGUUCUUUUAAUGACUGUGAGGUCAAAGUGUUGUGUUCUCCAGGUCAUUAUUAUAACACCUCGGUUCAUCGCUGUAUCCGUUGUCCUCAUGGCACUUACCAGGCCGAGUUCAGACAGAAUUACUGUAUCUCCUGUCCUGGAAACACAACUACAGAUUUCGACGGGGCCAUCAGUGUCUCUCAAUGCAAGAAUCGGGAAUGCGGCGGUGAAAUCGGGGAGUUCAUCGGGUAUAUCGAGUCUCCAAACUAUCCAGGAAACUACCCGGCAAACAUUGAGUGUGUUUGGACCAUAAACCCUCCACAAAAACGCAAGAUUCUCAUCGUGGUGCCAGAAAUCUUCCUCCCAUCUGAGGAUGAGUGUGGAGACGUUUUAGUCAUGAGGAAGAACUGGUCAGCGACCUCCAUCACCACCUACGAGACGUGUCAAACGUACGAGAGACCCAUCGCUUUUACGGCUCGAUCGCGCCGCCUCUGGAUUAACUUCAAAUCAAACGAUGUAAACAGCGCUCGAGGAUUUCAGAUUCCAUAUGUCACAUAUGAUGAGGAUUACGAGCAGCUGGUUGAAGAUAUUGUAAGAGACGGACGACUUUAUGCAUCUGAAAACCAUCAGGAAAUACUCAAGGAUAAAAAACUCAUUAAAACUCUUUUCGAUGUGCUGGCUCAUCCAAACAAUUACUACAAGUACUCCACCCGAGAUUCGACAGAGAUGCUUCCACGAUCCUUCAUACGCCUCAUCCACAGCAAAGUCUCCGCCUUCCUGCGUCCGUACAAAUAAUACAAAAGCUCCGCCCACCCCGCAUCCCUCCAAUCACCUGACUGCGACUCAACAGGAUCUUACACACACAAACACACACACACAUAACCACACCUAAUGACAUCACGCUAUGAAGAUUUCAGAUGCUUCGCUUCACCUUAACCUUUCAAUUUCUUUGCUCUUAUCAGUCGAUCUCAGCGGGAAAAACAUCUUAUGUGUAGUUUAACUAUAAUGCGGCUGAAGCGUUCUCGGUCGGUCACACUCCAGGUUUUUGUUUGAUCGUAUGAGUGCUCGGUCCUAAAGCGCUCAUUGAGUAAUAUGGUCGUGGCCCCGUGUGACUUUAAACGCACGUCUGGUAUGAUUUCGAUGAGUUAAAGAGUGCGAUGUACAGACAAAGUUGUAGCAUGUCAAAGAAAUGAAAUAUUUGUUGAACUGGAGCAAGCUGUGACCGUGCUUUUAAAAUAUUUAAAAUAGACUUUUCCAGCUCAAAUCUCCAUUAGUAUAAAUGUACAAUUUUUUGUCUAUCUGUACUUGUAACGUGCUCUUGGUAAGACCUGAUUCAUAUCAAGCAUUUAUAUUUGAGCUCCUAGAGCAGUCAUGUUAAUCUCUAAAGGUCAUGCUGUUAAAACAGUCAUGUUCUG